AGGUGUGGACAUUUCAGCGUACGGCUAGGGACUGUCGCCGGUGGCCAGACGCCAUUCUUUGAUCUCACUCGCUACCAUGAUUUUCCUGAAUUUGAAAACUACAUAAGGAACGUCGCUCAAGCGAAUCCUAACAUUGUGAAACUACGCCAAAUCGGUUAUAGUCACGAACGUCGACCUCUGCUCGGGCUUAAGAUCGGCCGUGUGGCCAAUCAUACGAAACCAGCCGUGUGGCUUGAUGGUGGCAAUCACGCCCGGGAAUGGCCCGCUUUUCAUGUCGCGAUCUACUUCAUUGAUGUGCUCGUUCGAAAUUACCAGAUUGACGAUAAGAUUACCAAGUAUGUAAACUGGCUAGACAUCUACGUAUUUCCUGUUCUCAAUCCGGAUGGUUUCAUCUUUUCACGCACGUCAAAGAAUGCGUUAAUUCGCCAGUGGAGAAAGAACCGAGCACCAGCUAACUGCUCCGGCAUAACGGCACUCGUCAAACACAUCUGCUGUGAUGGUGUAGAUCUGAAUAGGAACUACGAUUUAGGAUUCUCCAAUGACAAUUAUCCGUUCAACAAUCCAUGCUCAGACGAGUUUCAAGGUCCCUAUCCGUUCAGUGAGCCAGAAACAAGAGCCGUUCGUGAUUUUGUGUUGUCAAGAGAAAUCUACGGACGUCUACAUGCUCUCGUUUCCAUGCACACCCAUGGCCAGCUGUGGAUUCUUCCAUACAACUACCACAAGCGCACGUAUCCGGAAGACUUUAGAGAGCUGGAGCGCCUAGCGAAGAAAGCUGCCGACAAAGUUUAUACAUAUCGAGAAACGAAGUACAGAAUUGGCACAGCUGCUGAUAUGCUAGGCGCAGCAACUGGGGGUGCAACCGAUUGGAUUAAGAAAAAUACUCCAACGAAGUAUGUCUAUGUUCUGGAGCUGCCACCAGACAUGUCCACAUGGUUCGCCUUUCAAAUCAAACCACGUUGGCUGAUACCAAUCAGCGAAGAAACCUGGAUGGGUAUUCAGGUGAUUCUCGACCAAGUGAUCGAAGAAACAAUUGACGAGCCGCGAACACGAGCUCGUAGGGUUAUCAAUUAG